UUGACGCUGCCGUCUAAACUGCGCAGGCGCGCGAGGUGGGGUUCGCCGUGCGCUUGCGCAGCCUGGGCCCGGAACCGACGUGUUCGCGGAGCGUCGUGCGCGCGCGGGAAGAUGGCCGAGCCGGCGUCCAAGUCGGUGCUGUUUGUAUGUCUGGGUAACAUUUGCCGGUCCCCCAUCGCAGAGGCAGUUUUCAGGAAGCUUGUGACUGAUCAGAACGUUUCUGACAAGUGGAGGAUAGACAGUGCGGCCACGUCCACCUAUGAGAUAGGAAACCCCCCUGACUACCGUGGACAGAAUUGCAUGAGGAGGCACGGCGUGCCCAUGAGCCAUGUGGCCCGGCAGGUUACCAAAGAGGACUUUGCCACAUUUGAUUACAUCCUGUGUAUGGACGAGAGCAAUCUGAGAGAUUUGAAUAGAAAAAGUAAUCAAGUUAAAAACUGCAAGGCUAAAAUUGAACUGCUUGGGAGCUAUGAUCCGCAAAAACAACUCAUUAUUGAAGAUCCCUAUUACGGGAACGACGCCGACUUCGAGACUGUAUACCAGCAGUGUAUGCGGUGCUGCAGGGCCUUUCUGGAUAAAGCCAGCUAGGGCCCCUCGAGGGGCCUUCGUCUGUCUUCCGUUGAUUGUUUCUUUUAAGAAUAAUUGUUGAUGGAAAACAAUUGUACAUGCAGAAGAAUAAAUAAAAAUCCGAAAGCCUUCCCCUUUGCCCCAUUUACCAAUAGGCACCACAGCCCAGAACAAGCGUGGUAGUGAAAGGUGACUCCCCAGCCAGCGCAGGGCCGGUGGUGGGUCCGGGAGGCUGCUCUGCUGGCCCAGCUGCUCCCUCCUUCCCCACAGCACCCGUGGAUCUGCCCUGAAAGCAGAAUUUUGGUUCACGCACCUGAGUGCAUGUGUGUGUGCUGGGAGGACAGGAAAGACACAAUGGGCUUAUUGAGUCAGCACUGAUUUCUCUUUAUCUCUUGAGGAGCUCAGCUUAUUUCCUCCACUUGAGCCACUUUGUCUCUGAAAUGUAAUUAUAUCCAGAAGAGGAAAUCUUGAAUCCCAGCUCAUUUGUGGUCUGUUUUGACGUGCGCCUGUUGUCUGCGUGCCACAUGCGAAUUGGUUUAGGUGGGAAAACAUUCAAAAAGUUGAAAGAAAAUGUGGUUGCUGUGCUAAGUAUUGGUAUACUGAUAAGUAUUUCCUUGUUAGCUUUUAAUCAAUGUAUAACAAGUGUAGGUUGUUUCUCUCCUUCAGAUAACUAAUCCCAAACUUACAUGGUUGAAUGCCAGAAAGGAUUGUUUUCAAAAUAAACUGGGGAGUUACAAAAAUAC